GAGCGGACAGGGGCGCGCGGGAGGCGCGCAGAGCUCUCCGGCUGCCCGCGCUCGCCACGCCUGGGGAAUUGGCUGUGGGCGAGGCGGCCGGAGCUGGCCUUUAUCGCUCGCCCCGCUGGUCGUUUGAAACUUUAUCAGCGAGUCUCGCCACUAGCCGCAGACGCGAGCGGGGGGCGGGGGCGCGGCGAGGCGCCGGCGGCCGUGACUAGGCGCUCCCGGCGCUGAGCGCUUCUGCUCCGGGCACGCAUGGCGCCCGCACACGGAGUCUGACCUGAUGCGGACGCAAGGGGGUUAAUAUGAACGCCCCUGUCGGUGGAAUCUGGCUUUGGCUCCCUCUGCUCUUGACCUGGCUCACCCCUGAGGUCAGCUCUUCAUGGUGGUACAUGAAAGCUACAGGUGGCUCCUCCAGGGUGAUGUGUGACAACGUGCCAGGCCUAGUGAGCCGCCAGCGGCAGCUGUGCCACCGACACCCGGACGUGAUGCGUGCCAUUGGCUUGGGCGUGGCGGAGUGGACAGCGGAAUGCCAGCACCAGUUUCGCCAGCACCGCUGGAACUGCAACACCCUGGACAGGGAUCACAGCCUCUUUGGCAGGGUCCUGCUCCGAAGUAGUCGGGAAUCUGCCUUUGUUUACGCCAUCUCCUCAGCUGGAGUUGUAUUUGCCAUCACCAGGGCCUGUAGCCAAGGAGAAUUAAAAUCCUGUUCCUGUGAUCCAAAGAAGAAGGGCACCGCCAAGGACAGCAAGGGCACUUUCGAUUGGGGUGGCUGCAGUGAUAACAUUGACUAUGGGAUCAAGUUUGCCCGAGCAUUUGUGGAUGCCAAGGAAAGGAAAGGAAAGGAUGCCAGGGCCCUGAUGAAUCUCCACAACAACAGAGCCGGCAGGAAGGCUGUGAAGCGGUUCUUGAAACAAGAGUGCAAGUGUCACGGCGUGAGCGGCUCCUGCACUCUGAGGACGUGCUGGCUGGCCAUGGCCGACUUCAGAAAAACAGGCGAUUAUCUCUGGAGGAAGUACAACGGGGCCAUCCAGGUCGUCAUGAACCAGGAUGGCACUGGCUUCACUGUGGCUAACAAGAGGUUUAAGAAACCUACAAAAAAUGACCUUGUGUAUUUUGAGAAUUCUCCAGACUACUGUAUCAGGGACCGAGAUGCAGGCUCCCUGGGUACAGCUGGCCGUGUGUGCAACCUGACUUCCCGAGGCAUGGACAGCUGUGAAGUCAUGUGCUGUGGGAGAGGCUAUGACACCUCCCGGGUCACCCGGAUGACCAAGUGUGAGUGUAAGUUCCACUGGUGCUGUGCCGUGCGCUGUCAGGACUGCCUGGAGGCUCUGGAUGUGCACACAUGCAAGGCCCCCAAGAAUGCUGAUUGGGCGGCUCCCACAUGACCCCAGAGGAGGUUCACCUUCCCUCUGCCAACGAAUCCAUUGGAUCUGCAAGAACACUGGGCCUUUGGGUUCUCUCGGGGAGAUAUUUCCAAGGCAUGUGACCUUUGUCUCAACAGAAGCCCCUUCUCCCUCCCUCAGGGCCCAGGCCGGGGCCACAUGCUAUACACAAAGCAUGCCCAAUUCUCUCUGACUUCCAGCUUUUGGGAUACCUCUCUUCCUGGUCAUGACAAAGCUGUUAGAGGGGAUGGGGAUAUGGGUCCUGAUCAGUGUCUCCACCUAGAAGCUUCCUUUUUCUAGAGCAGUUGACCAGAGGGAAAAAGAGUAUCUCAAAAGAACCUUCUGCAUCCUACAACAAAUGCGCACAAUAAGAAAUUCCAUACUUCCAUCUGGAGGGAAAAUAAAGACAGCAAACUCAACUACCACUGAAUUAACUUUAAUUAUUGAAAAGACCAAGCAAGGUUUUUGCCUAAUCAAGUGAUCUUCAUAGCCAUCACCCUUUGGAGUAAUUAGGAAUUGCCUAGCAGAGGAUGGCUUUCAAUAAACUAAGUUUGAAAGCAAUUUUUUUCCAGGCAUUUAUUACCAUAUUAAAACCUGAUGUGAGAAGGCAUGAUUGUUGUCCUUUGGUAUAAUUUUGAAUCUUUGCAAUAGCAAAAGCCUCAGAAAUUGAUUGUUUCUGCAUUACUGCUCCCUCAAGAUAAAGAGCCUUGAGAAAUGGACAAGACUUUGUCUCAUUUAGGAUCUGUAGGGCAUUAAAAGGAAGGUUUAUUAUCUGGCAGGAUUCUGUAACCAUUGGGAGAAAGUAGAGGAAAAUAACUUAGUGAGUGGAAUAUCAGAAAUGUGUCUGUACAGAUAAGAAAAAAGGGAGGAAUAAAAUUUCUGUCUGGUAUAAUGCAGGUGGCCCAUGGAAUUUUGUAACUGACAUGGCUUUGGGAAUGCAAACUGUGGGGUUGACAAGACCACAGGACCAAAAUGCUGACAGAGAGCUUUCCAGAGUUAAGUUGUGCCCAGACAGCCUUUACCCGUAAGCAGAUGCCUAAAAUAAGUUGGCCACGUGUGCAGACGAGCAUCUACUGGUACCCAUCACCCUUCCAGCACAUCUGAAGCUUACAAGAUGACAAGAUACCAUAGCCUAAAGCAAAUGGCACAUGGCUUUGUGUAUAAAGUUAGUUACCAGAGCAUAUUAUGUUACAAACAAAUCGUAACGUGGAGAUUACAUAUAAGAGACCCAGCUGUAAUUAUGGGAGCAUCAAUAUGAAAAUUGUGGUCAGCUCCUGCCACAAGCGAAAGAUGACAUCCAGGGAAAAUGGAGAGGCCGCCUGGCCCACUUUGCAAAUUAAAUGAAAGAAAGGUGAAAUAGAUGAAGCAGCUUCUCAUCCCCUUAAACACUUAGGUUGGUAUUCUAAACAGACUCUUCACAAAACUCCAUUAACUAACAGGACGUUUCAUUACACACAUCUGAUGUCCAACUGUUGACACUUGCUCGUUUUCUGAUUCUUUGACCUCCUGUUUUCUCUCUUCUUGCUUUCAGGGGGGCAUUUAGGCUGAGAUUAGUGGGUAACAGCCUGCUGGAGUGUUUCAUUGUGAUCAAUAUGUGCGUCCUAGUCCUUUUAAAAAUGACAGUGUUCUUCUUCACUGUCGAACUCCAGAAUCAGUUAGCUAAUGUUUCUGAAGUGGUUCUUUCCUCUUUUGA